CAUAAGACUUGUGAGAUUGUGGGACGUGAAGGUAGAAUAUGUCUGUAUGAGGUAGAUGGACGCAAAGCUCGUGAUAAAGCCUUUGAAAAUCUACAGCCAGAUUCAGAUCUAUAUGAGAUAGCUCAAGCAUUAGAAGAUAAUGCAUAUCAAAUCAAAGUUCCAUUGAAGUGGUAUUGCUUUGGUGUCCUUCUCCAUGAUGUUGCUAAGGAAGGUUGUGGUGUUUUGAGCUUAUCUUACUGUCAAGAGCUUGGCCAGCAAUUGAAAGUUAAUUUGUCACCCCAAGAAUCAUUAAGUGCUAUCAAGUUUCUCAGUUUUCUUAAUAAGUUGCUCUUUUAUCCUGAUUCACCUGCUGGUGACCUUGUUUUUGUUAACAUAGAGAGCCUCAUUAACAUUCUUAGAGAUUUACUGGUGUUUGUCUAUGAUGCUCAUUCUGAUGCAAAAUAUCUACUUCCUGAUCAGAAAGCACUCGUGUGUGAAGGUCACCUCUCCAUUGAAAUUCUUAAAAAGGCAUCAAAAAGUUGUUAUAAAAUAUCUAAGGAAUUUUCUAAUUUUGACAAAAAGUUACUUGGCCUUUUUGAAUACCUUCUGAUUGCUGCACAGUUAGAUUUACCUCAAAAUGAUACCUUCUUUAUGCCAGCUCUUCUACCUAUAAAGGAUGUAUCUAACAUCAACCCCUACCCUAACACAACUCCUCUUUUGUUAUAUUUUGAGAGUGCUAUUCCUAUGGGUCUUUUUUGUGCUAUUAUUGUUCAUCUUCUCUCUCACAAAGAUUCCUCCUGGAAUGUUGCUGAAGAAGAGUCAAACUUUUCAAACUAUUUCACUUUACGAUGCCCUGACCUUCUUCAAACUGACAUAAUUCUUGUUGAACAACUCGACUGUAUUACUGUGUAUUGUGAAGCAACUGAUGAUUACAUUCCAGCAAGAGAUGCUGUAGAAGAAGCAGUUGAUGUAGCAAUGUCUAAGCACAAACUUAGUACAUGUGAGAAACCGAAAAGAGCAUUUUACUGUCCUUGUGGUAAAGGAAGGCAUGCAGCUGUGGCAUCAUGGCUUAAAACACAAAAUCGUUAUGUUUUCCGUUGCACUAGUAAUAAUAAGCCCCAAAGUCUGGCUGUGGAGUACUUGAGUUGGCUAUAUAAGACAAGAAAACGGCAACAUGAUGAUGAGUUACAAAAUUUACCUGAUAUUUUAGAGACAAAUAUUGCGUAUCAAGUCCUUGUGGAUAGUACAACAGAAAUUAAGGACCAUUUUUCUGAUGAUUAUUCUGAUUUUGCAGACAAGUUGCUGGAGAUGAAUGUGAUCACUGAAAGGGAAAGAAGUACCAUAACUGAUAGAUCUACUGGACAAAAUAAGUACCAGCGAAUGGGAGAAGUAAUUGAGCAUGUCAAAAAAGCAGUUGAAAUUAAAGAGUCUGUUUUUUUCCUGUUUUUAAAUAUUUUUCUUGAGAAAGGUACUCAACCUUCAGCAGAGUUUGCUCGGAAACUAAUGCAAAGAUAUAAGGAUAAAACUCAACACUCUGAUGUUAAUCUGGAGUCAUUGUCAAAAAGAACUAAACAGAUUGCACAUGAUUAUUAAAUGUUCUAAUAAAGUAACAUCAUAUUUUACUUUGCUGAGCAAUGUCAAUGAGUAAGUGAGUGUUACAAAAAAUUUGAAUUUAAA